AUGUCCAAGAACGCUGCCAACAAGCCCGUCAUCGCCGUCGUCGGCGCAGGCCCAGGAAUCGGCGAAGCAGUAGCUCACCGCUUCGCAGCAGAAGGCUUCGUCGUCGCACUCCUCGCGCGGACAGAAGAAGCCCUGCAAACCAUGGCCAAGAACAUCGACAGCGACGUCGGCACCGGUACAGCGCAUUACUACAUCACAGACCUGCGCAUUGAAGAUACGGUAAUCUCAUCGUUGAAACGCAUUCGCGAAGAGCUUGGUCCUGUCAACGUGCUCGUGUACAACGCCGGCGCACGCCGUGUUAACGGGAAGUCUCUCAUCGAUACCACGAGCGAAGAGUUUGAGAACUUCACUAGAAUCAACCUCUUCGGCGCGUUCUGGGCGAGUAAACUAGUCAUUCCGGAUAUGCUUACCGCUGGCAAAGGAACUAUUCUUUUCACCAGCGCGACGGGUGCGCUACGGGGUAUGCCAGGUUUAGCCUCUUUCUCGCCGGGGAAAUUCGGACUGCGUUCGUUGUGCCAGAUCAUUACACGCGAGUACCAGGCCAAGGGAAUUCAUGCUUGUAAUAUUAUCGUCGAUGGUCCGGUUGAUGGCAAGUUGAUCGGAGGUGUGAUGAAGCGGCAAUGGGAAAGGACAGGACAGAAGGACAAGGCGGCAGAUGUGGAAGCGCAUCUCGUUCAGCCGAGAGAUUUGGCGCAUACGUAUUGGUUUUUGCAUACGCAGCCGAGGAGUACUUGGACGCAGGAGUUGGACGUUAGGGCCAUGAAGGAAACGUUAUUUACAAAGUUGUAG